UAUAAGAAACAGAGGAAAAGAAAACAAAUGGGGAUGAAUUCAAGAAUAUUGCUACUAAGCAUAGUUGUUGUUGUUUUUGGUAUGUUACCUUUUUCUCAUGGGAGGACAGAUCCGAGCUUUCGGGUAAAAGCUGUUAAUCUGGGAGGUUGGCUUGUUACAGAAGGAUGGAUUAAGCCUUCUCUCUUUGAUGGCAUUCCCAACAAGGAUUUCUUGGAUGGAACCGCACUUCAGUUCAAAUCAGUAACAACUGGGAAAUAUCUCUGCGCUGAGAGUGGAGGAGGAAACAUCAUAGUUGCAAACAGAACAUCUGCUUCAGGGUGGGAGACAUUUAGAUUGUGGAGGAUAAAUGAGAGAACUUUCAAUUUCAGGGUGUUUAAUAAGCAGUUCGUGGGGCUGGGCAGCAAUGGGAAGGGGAUUAAUGCAGUAGCUGUUUCAAGCACUCCUGGUGCUUCUGAGAGAUUCGAGAUUGUAAGAAAAUCAGAUGAUUUGAGCCGUGUUCGUAUCAAGGCACCCAAUGGGUUCUUCCUGCAGGCGAAAACAGAGGAACUGGUGACUGCAGAUUAUGCAGGAAAUAGCGGAUGGGGAGACAAUAAUCCAUCAGUUUUUGUUAUCACCACUGCUGGAAAACUAGAGGGGGAAUUUCAAGUCACCAAUGGGUAUGGCCCAAAAAAGGCCCCACAAGUUAUGAGGGAGCAUUGGAACACAUUCAUUGUAGAAGAUGACUUCAAGUUCAUAUCAGCAAACGGAUUAAAUGCGGUGAGAAUUCCUGUUGGUUGGUGGAUCGCAAGCGAUCCAAAGCCCCCAAAGCCCUAUGUCGGCGGAUCCUUGAAAGCACUGGACAAUGCCUUCUUGUGGGCCAAGAAAUAUGGAGUAAAGGUUAUAAUUGACCUACAUGCUGCUCCCGGGUCCCAAAAUGGCUGGGAGCACAGCUCUUCCAGAGAUGGCUCUCAGGAAUGGGGCAAGACAGAUGAAAAUAUUCAACAGACAGUUGCUGUCAUAGACUUCCUGACUGCUAGGUAUACAAAGAACCCAAGCCUUUAUGCAGUUGAACUCAUCAAUGAGCCUCUGGCACCAGGAGCAUCUCUUGAGAGCAUAACCAAAUACUACAAGGCCGGUUACGAUGCUGUCCGCAAGCGCUCCCCCAAGACGUAUGUGAUCAUGUCUAACCGGCUAGGACAAAGUGACGCGAGGGAGCUCUUCCCUCUUGCCAGUGGCUUGACAGGGUCGGUCAUAGAUUUCCAUUAUUACAACCUUUUCUCGAGUCGAUUUGACAACUUGACCGUCCAACAGAACAUUGAUUACAUCAACGUAAACAGGACCUCGGAGUUGAACCAUGUCACUACAUCAAAUGGCCCCCUUACUUUUGUGGGUGAAUGGGUUGCUGAGUGGCAAGUUAAUGGAGCAACAAAAGAGGAGUAUCAACGAUUUGCCAAGGCCCAGCUAAAUGUUUAUGGGAGAGCAACAUUUGGAUGGGCUUAUUGGACCCUUAGAAAUGUGAACAACCAUUGGAGUUUGGAGUGGAUGAUCAAGAAUGGUUACAUCAACCUUUAGUCAGCAUCAACUUGCUUAUUUUACAUUUUUGGAUUUGCUCCUUAGCUUAGCCCUAGCUUUGACUAUCUGGGGUCCUUUAUUACUCAUUUGUAUUGUAAUAAGUAAUAAGAUUGCUGCAGAAGGGUUUGAAUUUCCAGUUUUAUUAUUUUUCAAUAGAAUCAUAGAAACCAUAUGAUAGCUUAAA